GACGAGCCACCCCGAACUCAAAAAAAACCUCACCUCCUCUUUCUGUUCGCUCUCACAUUCCUCCCCAGUCAGCCCCCUCCCUCUCUGUUCGUAUCUGCCUCUCCCUCGAUCUCUCUCCCUGGUGGCGGCUGGAAGACGGCGGCCGCGAGGGGACCUGCUGCCGACCGCUGCUCCUCCUCAACCCUUCAACCCGGCUGAUUUUCCCCAAGAGAAACUGAGAAUUGUGAGGGAAAAAGGUUCAGCACCAAGGAACUGGAUGCGCUUGACCUUUUGGACUUGCUGCUUGUGAAAGUUGUUUGAUUUAGACCUUCCAAAAUUCAGCACCAAGGAUCGGGGGGCGACCUACCCCAAGGUGGGGAGUUCGCUCCUUUUCUGGUAACAAGGAGGGCAAACUCUUAUUCCAUCAUGAUGGAAAGUGACAUGGAAAAUGGAAGACCAUAUCAGGAGAGACCAAGAACUUUUUCCACUGUACGGAGUAAAUCAUCUAUACCACUGGUCUUCCGAUUGUUGAUGAAGAUAAAUCCCCGUGCCCUGAUUGUUCUUCUUCUUUUGGUCGUCAGUGGUGUCUUCUUUUUAGGAGCAAGUACAUCGCCAAUUAUAGUCUUCGUGUUCUGUAUAUGUACUCUCAGUUUAUUCUUCUCUCUCUACCUCACCAAGUGGGUUCUUGCCAAGGAUGAAGGACCCCCAGAAAUGUCCGAGAUAUCUGAUGCCAUAAGAGAUGGUGCUGAAGGAUUUUUUAGGACACAAUAUGGAGCAAUUUCUAAAAUGGCUGGCAUCCUGGCACUUGUCAUCCUUUGCAUCUAUCUCUUUCGCACUACCACCCCACAGCAGGAGGCAUCAGGCCUAGGAAGGACAACAUCUGCAUAUAUUACAGUUAUUGCCUUCCUUCUUGGAGCUUUGUGCUCUGGACUAGCUGGAUUUGUUGGGAUGUGGGUCUCCGUACGUGCAAAUGUUAGAGUUUCAAGUGCUGCUCGGCGGUCUGCGAGGGAAGCAUUGCAGAUUGCUGUCCGUGCAGGUGGUUUCUCAGCAAUUGUAGUUGUUGGCAUGGCUGUAUUUGGUGUGGCAUUACUCUAUGCAACAUUUUAUGUUUGGCUUGAAGUAGAUUCACCUGGUUCAAUGAAGGUUACAGACUUGCCUCUUCUCCUUGUGGGUUACGGAUUUGGUGCGUCGUUUGUUGCACUUUUUGCUCAGUUGGGUGGUGGGAUAUACACCAAAGCUGCUGAUGUCGGAGCUGAUCUUGUUGGAAAAGUUGAGCAGGGAAUACCGGAAGAUGAUCCUCGUAAUCCUGCUGUCAUUGCUGACUUGGUUGGUGAUAAUGUUGGAGAUUGUGCUGCCCGAGGUGCUGAUCUUUUUGAGAGCAUAGCAGCAGAAAUUAUCAGUGCAAUGAUACUUGGUGCCACAAUGGCGCAACGCUGCAAAAUCGAAGACCCCUCUGGCUUUAUUCUGUUUCCUCUUGUUGUCCAUUCUUUUGACCUGGUGGUGUCAUCGGUUGGAAUACUCUCAAUUAGGGGGACACGUGACUCUGGAUUAAUAUCCCCUAUUGAAGAUCCCAUGGCAAUUAUGCAGAAAGGCUAUUCUAUUACUAUACUGCUUGCUGUUCUUACCUUUGGAGUGUCUACUCGUUGGCUCCUGUACACUGAACAAGCGCCUACUGCAUGGCUCAAUUUCGCCUUGUGUGGCUUGGUGGGCAUCAUCACAGCAUAUGCUUUUGUUUGGAUUUCCAAGUAUUAUACAGAUUAUAAACACGAACCUGUCCGCCUUUUGGCUCUUUCAAGUUCCACAGGACAUGGAACUAAUAUUAUUGCUGGAGUAAGUUUGGGAAUGGAAUCAACAGCCUUACCAGUUCUAGUGAUAAGUGUAGCCAUUAUAUCAGCAUUUUGGUUGGGACGUACCUCUGGCUUGGUAGAUGAGUCUGGUAACCCAACUGGUGGUCUUUUUGGGACAGCUGUAGCUACAAUGGGGAUGCUAAGCACAGCAGCAUAUGUUCUCACCAUGGACAUGUUUGGUCCUAUAGCUGACAAUGCUGGUGGUAUUGUGGAGAUGAGCCAGCAGCCUGAAAGUGUUAGGGAAAUCACAGACAUUCUAGAUGCUGUGGGUAACACAACGAAAGCUACCACAAAGGGGUUUGCUAUAGGGUCAGCGGCACUGGCUUCCUUUCUCCUGUUCAGUGCGUAUAUGGAUGAAGUAGCUGCUUUUGCACAAUUACCGUUCAAAGAGGUUGACAUAGCAAUUCCAGAGGUUUUUGUUGGUGGUUUACUAGGCUCAAUGCUUAUAUUUCUAUUUAGUGGAUGGGCUUGUUCAGCUGUUGGCAGAACUGCACAGGAAGUUGUUACUGAGGUCAGGAGACAGUUUAUUGAGAGGCCUGGCAUUAUGGACUACAAAGAGAAGCCUGAUUAUGGUCGUUGUGUUGCAAUUGUGGCAUCUGCAUCCUUGAGAGAAAUGAUAAAGCCAGGGGCUUUAGCAAUUUUGUCACCCAUGGCUGUUGGCAUUAUCUUCCGGAUUUUGGGACAUGCUACUGGCCAGCCUCUUCUUGGAGCUAAAGUUGUCGCCUCUAUGCUCAUGUUUGCGACCGUUACUGGUAUCCUGAUGGCACUCUUCUUGAACACUUCUGGUGGUGCCUGGGACAAUGCUAAGAAGUACAUUGAGACUGGUGCACUUGGUGGUAAAGGCAGUGAGUCUCACAAGGCUGCAAUUACUGGUGAUACGGUUGGAGAUCCGUUUAAAGAUACGGCCGGGCCUUCAAUUCAUGUUCUUAUUAAGAUGCUAGCCACAAUCACAUUAGUCAUGGCGCCAAUAUUUUUGUGAUUAACCAUACAUGAAGCUUGCUAUUAACCCUGCGGAGACGUGUCUAUGGCUAUUGUAGAUGAGGUAUUUACGUGAGUGCCUGAGUGGGAUGUAAUGAUUGGGCUUUUAGUAUUUUACCAUAUUGAGAAAGAGAAUCAGUGCUAUCCAUUUUGAUGGUGCCCGUGUUUCACUGUUGCUAUUGGACGAAGGGGACAAACAUUGGAGAAUCUAUUGUGACAGAGAUUAGAGGACUUGAAAUUGCCCGUCUUGUCCACACAAUCUCUUAGUUAUCUAUCCUUGCCAUUUACAUUUUA